AUGGCGACACAGCCAGACAUCAAAGAUAAACCACUGUGUUCAGAAUCUAAAUGUAUAUCAGGGGAAACUCAAAGAGACAAUAGGUUUUUGGCGGGCCAAAACUUUGUUGGAAAGAUUGUAUUUGGCCGGUUUAUUCAAGUAUGCCUUAGGAAAGGAACGAUGAAAUUCGGACUGGAAGAAGCUUUGUCAGAAAUAACGCAAUAUGGUCUCAACGACCUUCAAAAGAAAAAAAAAUUAUUUUCAUAA